AUGCAUGAUUGCUCAAUCUACCUUUGUUUCUAUCCUCCAUUACAUACAACUGUAUCAGUUCAACCAAAUACUUCAAUACUACAAAAUAGUUUUCUAAAUGAUGAGGUUUCAAAAGCUGAUUUACCUUAUCGAAGUUUAGCACAAUUUGAUGUUCUUUCAAAAAUUGAAAUACAAAUGUUUGAUAUAACUGAUCCACAUUCAUUUAUGAGUUCAUUAACACGCAUACAAGGUUUACCAGGUGCUGUACAAUUAGAUAUAAUGUAUCAUGUUUAUUUAUGCAUGAAGUAA